ACCCCCAAGUCACGUGAUUCCAUUCACACGCGUGUUUUCUCCCGCAGCAGCGUUCCAAAAACUCUAGCCGUGGCUGAACGGAGGUGAACAUGGCGGAUGUGUCGGAGAGGACGUUACAGGUUGCUAUAGUCGUUUCGUUUGCGGCGGGUUUUGUCGCAGGCUGGCAGGCAAACAGAAUGCGAAGAAAGUUCUUGGACUGGCGGAAAAAGCGGUUACAGGACAAACUCGCAGAAACACAGAAGAAGCUAGACCUGUCAUGACAGAUACAAAAUAUCACGCAACCGACCUG